AUGGGGGCAGCGAGGAUCAGCGGCGGGUUGAUACGGCGUCGUUUGUGCCCUAGGGUUCCGCUUGCAGUUCUGCUGUCGUGCUCGAUCAUCCUCGCCUGUUCUCCAGUGUUUGUAUCAGCUGCAGUUGUUACACUUGAUUCUAUGGUGAUAAUCAAAACCCAUCAGUGGCUUCCAUCCAAACCAUCAGUUUACUUUCAGUGCAAAGGGGAGGAUAAGAUAACUUUACCAGACGUGAAAGAAAAAAAUGUUCCGUAUACUUUCAAAGAGGAAGAAUCUUGGCAGCCCCUGACAGAGUUUAAAGAUAAAAAGUGCAAGCGUUGUGGAUUCUAUGAAAAAGAUGCUAUUAAAACGGUAAUAUUUGACGAAUGGGAACUUUGUCCAGCUGAUUUCAAGGGCCCCGGUGGCAAAUAUUUUCAUUUCAAAGAAGGGGAAUUCAAUGCAUCUUUUUUAUGUUCGGAAUGUGUUCCUCAAGACAAUACUGCAGUAGUAAAAAUCGACUCAAAACAGCUGCAUUGGGCGAUAAUUGUGGUUCUCACUAUUGUAGUCUCGACCAUACUUAUUGCUGGCUUUGUGAGUGCUUGUAAAUGGUGGCAGAAAAGAAAGAGGCAGCAACAGCAGGCCCGUUUUCUUAAACUGUUUGAAGAAACUGAUGACGUUGAAGACGAGUUAGGUAUCGGCCCUCUUAGUCAUUCCAUUUAG